AUGAAGAAGAAGGUCCUUUGUUCGUCCCACAACUAUCUGCGCUCGGACCGUCUGCGCUCGGACCCGUCUGCGCUCGGACCCGUCUGCGCUCGGACCCGUCUGCGCUCGGACCCGUCUGCGCUCGGACCCGUCUGCGCUCGGACCCGUCUGCGCUCGGACCCGUCUGCGCUCGGACCCGUCUGCGCUCGGACCCGUCUGCGCUCGGACCCGUCUGCGCUCGGACCCGUCUGCGCUCGGACCGUCUACUGCGCUCGGACCGUCUACUGCGCUCGGACCACGUUUGAGACGUUGAGCGUGGGUCGGCGCGGCGUGAACGGUUGGAGCGUGGUUAUUGACGGCUGUGUUUACUUUCUGCAGCAGAACAAACCGGACGAUGAACCGAGUAAUGGGCUGUAA